AUGACUGAACCUUCCUCCUCCUCUUCGAGAUUGACCUCGACAUUACCUCCACUUCCCACUCCGACUUCCUUCCCCUUUCCAUAUCCUCAACCAUACGAUAUCCAAUUACAGUUGAUGCAGGUGGUAUUCAGAGCAAUAGAGGAUGGUAAGAUAGGUAUAGUCGAAUCGCCUACUGGUACAGGUAAAUCCCUCUCCCUUCUCACAUCAACUCUAACAUGGCUAGAGCAACAUCAACAGCGGCUCACCACCGUCUUCACCGAGGGACUGAAGGAGAAGUUGAGGAUGGAUGAUCCUUCGGAUCCCGAAUGGGUGAUUGAACAUUCACUUAAAGCGAAACUUUCCGAGUUGAGGGGCGUGGAGGAAAAGAGGGAAGAAAGGUUGAAGAAAGCCAGAGAGAGGGAAAAGAAAAUUAGAAAGAAUAUGGGUAUGGGGAUGAACAAGGGGAUGGGUGUAGUGGUGAAGAAGCCGAAAGUUGAUGGUGGUACUGAUAGGGAAGAUGGAGUGAAGAAGGAGGAAGAGGAGUUUUUACCUGAUGAUUCGGAGCAAGGAGAUCCGGAAGGUCCGUAUAUCAGUAAAGAAGUGAGGGAUCUGAUGAAUAAGUAUGAAGCUUCGAGACCCAAGGUCAAUGCAGAAGUAGAUGAAGAGGAGGGGGAAGAUCUACCUAAGAUAUACUAUACUUCCCGAACCCAUACUCAACUCCGACAACUUACAUCUGAGCUACUCAAAACCUCUUUCCCCGUAUCUGAUUCUGGAUCUGACUUGACCAACGAUUACCCGAAUUUUAGUUUCAAAUCCAAAGGAGUCAGCCUUGUACCGCUCGGAAGUAGGAAACAACUUUGUAUCAAUGAUAAGGUCCGAUCGUUAGCGAAGAGUAGUGGAGGAGGGGAUGAGAGAUUGAACGAAGCUUGUUUGGACAUGCAAAAAUCUGGUAAGACAAGAUGCGAAUUCUUGCCUACCAAAGCAGAGGAAGGUAUAAUGUUAGAUGCAAGAGAUUCAGUAUUGGCAUCGGUGAAAGACAUCGAAGAUAUAGUAGCUAUAGGGCGCAAAUCCUGUGUUUGUCCUUAUUACGCUACGAGACGAGCCGUCAAGCAAAGUCAGAUUGUGACACUACCUUAUAAUCUGUUAUUGCAGAAGAAUGCAAGGGAAGCGUUGGACAUCAAUCUGAAAGAUCAGGUCAUAGUCAUCGACGAAGCGCAUAAUCUUAUCGAUACGUUACUGUCCAUCUAUUCAACCACGUUAACUUCCAAUACGAUAUCCGGUGCGAUAAUUCAACUACAACAAUACUACGCCAGGUUCAAAAACAGGUUGGAAUCUGUACAUUCCCUAAAAAUAAGACAGGUAUUGAGCCUGCUGCAAGGUUUGACUAAAGUUUGUCAAGAUUUCAUCAAUGCCCAUACCGGGAAAGGGAAGGUCAAGACCGAGGUUUUGAAUAUCAACGAAUUGAUGGAAAGGAUAGGUAAAGGGAAUGAUCAGUUGAAUCCACUGGAUCUGGUGGGAUAUUUGAAGGAAAGCAAGCUGGCGAGAAAGAUUAGUGGGUUCUCGGAGUUUGUUCUGGAACAGAAAGAGAAAGAAAAGCAAGAUGAGAGGAGAUUCAAAGGGACGUCAACCCAGCGGCACGCUUCCAUUGCUUCAUUCCAUAUAGUCGAAUCCUUCCUGUUGUCACUUGUGGAUUCGAAAGAUGACGGAAGAGUCAUACUUUCUUCAGAAGGGGGGAAUUCGAACGUAGUGACAAUCAAAUAUGUCUUGUUGAAUCCCGCAGAAAGGUUCAGAGAGAUUGUUGAAGAAGCUAGAUCGGUCAUUUUAGCAGGAGGCACUAUGGAACCUAUAUCGGAUUUCCUCCAACAGCUAUUCCCUUCAAUACCUAAAGAUCGAUUUUCGACUUUAUCAUGUUCGCACGUGAUACCUAAGGAGAACCUCUUGACGCAGGUAGUCUGUGUAGGACCGAGGAAGACUGAACUCGAAUUUAAGUAUUCAAAUAGAGAAAAUGAUACAAUAAUGACCGAACUUGGCUCAGUCAUUCAAUCGAUAAUUGGGUUAGUCCCCGACGGAGUGGUGGUUUUCUUACCUUCUUAUUCGUUUUUGGAUAAAGUGAGAACGACUUGGGCCAGCUCGGGUCUCAUGAGUAAACUAGGAGAUAAGAAGGCUCUUUUCUUCGAACCUCAGACUAGCGGUGAUGUGGAGAGUACAUUGAGGGAUUAUGCCCUGGCUAUCUCGGCCGGCGACGCAGGUAACAAAAGUAAGAGAACUGGUGCUUUGCUGUUCGCAGUAGUAGGAGGUAAAUUAUCUGAAGGUAUCAACUUUUCUGAUUCACUCGGACGUUCUGUGAUCAUGGUCGGAUUGCCAUUUGCGAAUGUCGGUUCUGUGGAAUUGCAAGAGCGCAUGAAGUAUAUUGAGGGAUUGCCUGGGAAUAGUAAAGAGUCGAGUAGGGAGAUGUAUGAGAAUCUAUGUAUGAGAGCGGUCAAUCAGUCUAUCGGUCGAGCUAUCAGACACGCGAAUGACUAUGCCACGAUCUUACUUAUCGAUAAACGAUAUGGCACGCCGCGAAUCAAGAAGAAACUGCCUAAGUGGAUAGGUCAGGAUGUGAAGAUCCAGAAUGAUUUCCCGAGUGUAGCGAAGAACGUGGCUUUGUUCUUUAGGGAGAAGAGAGAGAAAGAAAGGGGGUCGAGGUCAAACUGA